CACCUUCAUUCACAACCAUCAAAGUGACGAUAGAGGACACAUUGCUGUCCAGGAUCAUACAGAAACCAAAACUGUUCCAGAGAAUCGCACAUCGAAAUAAGACUCAUCAUUUCUGCACCGGGAAGUUACUAUUCUUCACUUUGAGUUGUUGGACAUGCCACCUCAAAUGGAUUAUUAUUGUUUAGAAUCCCGCGUCCCCUCUUCAUGCGGACUGAUGAGCCAAGAGGCCGGGUUGGAGAGGGAGCCAGCGCCGGGGUUGGAGAGAGAGCCAGCGGCUAUCAGCUGUAUGCUGGUGGGGGACGGGGCGGUGGGCAAGACAAGCAUGAUAGUCAGUUAUACCACAAAUGGAUACCCCACGGAAUACAAACAGACCGGCUUUGAUGUCUUUUCUGGUCAAGUCCAAGUAGAAGGAGCCCCAGUUCGAAUACAACUAUUGGACACAGCUGGACAGGAGGUGUGUGAUGAAUUCCGCUCACUCUCCUACUCCCACACGGACGUCUUCCUGCUCUGCUUCAGUGUGGUCAACCCCACCUCCUUCCACAAUGUCACCAAAAAGUGGAUCCCCGAGAUCCGAGCCUGCAACCCCUCAGCUCCCAUCAUCCUCGUGGGCACCCAGUCCGACCUCCUGCUGGACGUCAACGUCCUGAUCAACCUGGACCGUUGCCGGGUCAAACCGGUGCUGACCAAUCGGGCGCAGAGCGUGGCGGUGAAGAUCAGAGCGGUGGACUAUGUUGAGUGUUCUUCGUUGACGCAGAAGAACUUAAAAGAGGCGUUCGACGCGGCCAUCUUUGCUGCCAUCAAACACAAGGCCAGGAAGGAGAAGAAGAGGCGGUUGUCGGAAAGACGCACGAAGGCCUUCUCUAAAUGCAGCUGGAAGAAGUUCUUCUGUUUUAUCUGAGAUACAGACCCCAUUGGUCACGGACAGAAAGAUUAUUAUUUAUUAACUUAUGAAGAAUUUGUAAGAGCUGGAACUUUAGGUUUAUCCAGCAGUGCUGAAUGAACUGAGCUCUAAUGGACCUAUAAAACGGGUUAGUUCUCUCCUGGUCUGGAGACAGUAGUAUAGAUACCGAGGCUCGCUUUGCCAAUAGUCUGUGGUUGGGUGUCUGGUCUGCUCUGAGCAGGCUCUCUCUCUCUCUCUCCUUAACUCUUUCUCUGUGGAUUGAGUUUGCUUUGAUUAGUGAUUUACAUUGAUCAGAACAAAAGCAGGGCACAUUAGCAUGCCUGAUUGUUCAGGUUGACAGAUAGUCACUAUCCAAAAGUCUGCUAAGUACGCCAACAAGGUUUUAGGUAACCAUGUAAGAAGCGAAAGAAUAGAGAGAAUAUUAAAACCAUGUACAUCACAAGCAUCCUGUCAGUGGGACAAGGCCGUCAUGUAAAUGUUAUGAACUCAUUUGCAUGGUCUGGAUUGGUGCCCAUUCCAACCUGAGAUUUUACUCCCCCUGACUCUGUGUGGUAGUACCGUGUAGCUCAGUUGGUAGAGCGUGGCGCUUGCACCGCCAGGGUUGUGAGUUGGAUUCCCAAGGGGGACCAGUGAGGUGUGAGUGGGUUGAGAGAGAGCGAGAGAGAGAGAGAGAGAGAGAGAGAGAGAGACAGAGCGAGAGAGAGAGAGAGAGAGAGAGAGAAGACAGUUGUCGGUUGUUAGCCUUUUCUCCCUUGUGUUCUGUGCUGCCGAGCCACACAGACCCAGACCUAUUCAUACGCAACACUGUAUGUAGGCUGGAGUCACAGCGCUAGGCUAGGCGCUAACGUCUUCACUGUGUGUGAACUGGGAAUGGCUCACAGGCCUAUGUGUUGAUUAUAGUAUGAGGCUUUGAUGUAAUGAGUGGUCUGUAUCAACACGAGCCUGUGACAAGGUGUAGAGUAGUAAGGAGACUUACACUGCCCCAGUCCCCAGCCCAGCCACCCCAGGGAUUGACACUCCUGUCUCUGGGACCUCAUCUGUCUCUGGGACCUCAUUUGUCUCUGGAACCUCAUUUGUCUCUGGGACCUCAUUUGUCUAUGGGACCUCAUUUGUCUCUGGGACCUCAUUUGUCUCUGGGACCUCAUUUGUCUCUGGGACCUCAUUUGUCUCUGGGACCUCAUUUGUCUCUGGGACCUCAUUUGUCUCUGGGACCUCAUUUGCUUCUUUAUUUGUUUGUUUACACUAGACACCCCAGCCAGUAAAACAAAAAAGCCUAACCCAGCCACCCGCCAGUGAAUAAAACACUCCUGUCUGUCUCUGAUUCUCUGUUAGUUGAUGCUGAUCACACUACCGUGUCUAUCUCCAGACGAAUCAGCCUGCCCAAUCUAUAGGAUACAAUGUGUACAUUAUAGGAGGCUUAGUAGAACCUGCUUGAAUGUUAACGCUCAGUUUAAAAAGCUUGCGUGCCCGGCUGGUUCUGUGUUGUUUUGUAAAGUGAUGUUAUUGCCAGACCGAUGGUUGGUGACAGUCAGUCCCAGCUGGUUUAUAGAUAUGAGGGUUGGUACCCAGGCUAGAUGAGGGUUGGUACCCAGGCUAUAUUCUUUUUAUACUUCUUGUGGAAGAGUGAAUGUAAAUUUGAAAUCUAUUUCUGUUUGUUUAAAACAGUUCAUUCAACUUUUAUUUUUUUUCGUCUGCAAUUUUACAGAUCUGUGAACAAGUUUCUAUUUUUGUGAAAAUUGUAUAUUUUCGUCACUAAUCUCAAAACCAAACCCUCUGUCACUCGUGUCUACUUUUUCAUGCUGUGUUUGAAUGAAGUGUUGGAAAUCAAUUCUGGAGAAGAAAAAAAAAAUCAAUGUAAUAUUUUUUUUGUCAAAAUGUAUCGCUGCUACAUUUGAAUAAAAUAACACAUGUAUAUUGA